AUGGUUGCGAAAAGAUACAACACUCAAAAGGGUGAACAAAGUGAAGCAAUGAACUAUGCAAUGCGCAUUUUUAAAAGCUCAUUGUUGUUAUUGUAUGACCUAGAAUGUUGCAAAAAGAUACAAGAAGGAAUUUUUCAUAGAUCUGUGAUUCAAAUCGCACAGGUCUUGGUGAGGACGCGACCGGAUGUCCUACAUUUACUUAUGUUCACGCCACUACAUUGA